AUGCACAAGUCGGGAGGCGGAAUUGGACAACUGGAGUUUUUGCGACCGGACAUGGAACAUUUUUGUUUUCCAUACUUUUCUGUCUUCAUCUAUUUCACUUUGGUAGAAGGUGCUAUAGAAGGCAAGGCAAAAGCCGUCGGCCAGGUCGACAUUUGUUCUAUACAGGAGAAUAUACGAAGCAGCCCCGUUCGUUCUGGGCAUGACGUCUAUGACGGUUCACAAUCCAUGGCCUUGGUGAAUUUCCGGUCUUGUCUAAACUUUGUGCGCUUUGUCUCCUCUCCGCUCUGUCCUAUUGUUGACCUUGGUUCUCCCGUCCAUUACGUUGACCGGCAUAAGAUCAGACAUGGUACCGCCGAACGGAGACCGGGGCAACUUGCUCGCUCCCGCCCCCGCCCGUUCCGUGUGGCGGCCGGCACAUAUGGGGGAAAUAGCCCUCACUGGUCGAACGGCUCUUACGAAUACAACAUGCUCAACAAUAUGAAUUGUAGGAUAAUUGAAUUUACGUCGUAUUUGAGGACCCGUCUGAGGACGGACGGUGGGAUAAACGACGUACUAGACCGACCGGGGAUGAUUGGGACGGCGGGAGGAGAUGUGGACCUGGCAUUUUCGGAUCUGCCCGUGGGCGUUCUCUCUGCUGCCGCACCUGCUUAA